GGAGAUCUGGGGGACAUAUGGGGGAGAUAUGGGGAGAUAUGGGCUCGCCGACCCCAGAAGCCGGAGAGGCGGAUUCUCGUCUUCCAAGCAGCGCUCGAGAGGACACGCACUCCGCUGUACUCGGCCGCAUUCGGCCGUAGUCGCAACCCUCGUACUCUGAAGACUCUGCACCGAGACCGUACUCCCGCCCCGAGGCUGGCGUGUUGACCGCGCAGGCCGUCGACCCGCCCCCUCCGACGGGCCAAAAGCCGAGCCAAAAGCCGCAGAGGCCGCAGAAGCCGCAGAAGCCGACCGAGUCCUCGGAGAAGAAGUCUCUCCUCAAGCCGCCCCGCGAGUCGGCCAGCUUGCCGCGCCCGCCCCCCCUCCGCUCCUCCCCUCCGCCGCGGAAGUCGCCGCCAGCGCCGCCGCCGCCCCACCCCGCCCACACCGGCCCUGCUCGCCCCUCCGCCCGCUCCAGCGACCCGCCGCGCCCCCGCCGCUUGUUACCGACCGCGGCGGCGGCGGCGGCCUCCGGACUGCUCUGGGCCCUCCUCAUCGCUUCGCCCCUCACCCCCGCCGCCGCGGCGCACGCGGCGGCGGCUGCGGCCGCCGCCGCCGCCCGGGCUACCGCGGGCGCUGCCGCUGCAGCUGGGGCAAAGGCGGCCGGCGCCGCCUUCCGGCCCUGCACUCGGCGGCGGCGGCAGCGGCGAGCGCUGGGGCAAAGGCGGCCGGCGCGGCGGCGGCGGCGGCGGCAGGCGCCGCGACGGCGGCGGCAGGCGUUGCAACCAAGCUUGCCGGCGCGGCGGCGGCGGCGGCAGGCGUUGCGAUGAAGGCGGCGGAUGCUGCUGCAGUGACGGGGUGUAUGGUGCGCGCCGGCGCGCUCGCCGCUCUUCGCGCCGCCCAACCGCCGGUGAGCUUCGCCGCCAAGCGCGCGGCCGCCGGCUGGUCGACCGCUGCUCUGCAGAUGGAGGCGAGGGGGGCGGCGUUGCAGGCGGCGGCGGCGGGGGCGGCCCGGCGGCUCGGAUGGCCUGCGGCGGCGGAGGCUGUGCGGCGCUCCUCCGGCGCGGGGGAGCUGCUGCGUCGGUGCGCGGCUCGCUACGCGGCCGCCAAAGCUGCGGCGGCGGGCAGCCUCCGCCAGUCGGCGGAGGGCGCGGCUUGGGCGCGGCUUCUGCUGCCGCGCCUCGUCCGCCCGGGGGCCGCCGCGUAGAGGGGGAGGGUGUCCCGAGGAGACAUAGCCACCUGUGGUGGCCGCAGUGGUGCUGUGGUGAGGCGCGGAGGGGAGAGGGCAGGCGCCGGCGGCAGGUCUGUGCAAUUACGGCUUGUCUGUGGAGAGAGUGGCCGCGCGCCGUACUCCCGCCGCCGUUGCGCGAUGUCGUAUGCGGCGUGCGUCGCGCACUGGACGUCCGCGGGGAGUGUUACGAAUGUAGGCACGCUGUGACCUAUGUCUGCGGUUAUUUUCUGGGUUGGGUUCUUUAGGUUAACUGGGCAUUG